AGGGAAGUAAGUUACACAAAGAGCAAACGCUAUCAGUAUCGGUACUCAGUCAAGUAGUUGUAUCACGUGCUUCAACAAUGGCUGAAGUAGAAUGUCUGUUUAUUUUGGUUUUGGUAGUAGCAGGUAUGUUAGCAGUGUCAACUGCAGCUGAUCCUACACCCCCAAAGUUCACAGCAAGCUAUCAUUCCUCCGGGGUUCUUCAUCUUCCGUAUGCAGAGUUGGAUGAGCCGUUUCAAAUCUUCUAUGAUGUGGAUAACAAAAGGAGUCGUGUUGAUUUCUACAAUGGUUUGGAUACAGUGUACCUAUUUGAAAACAAGACAGGCUUCGAGUAUGGUGUCUCCUAUAGUAUUUCCCCUGAAACUGUGACAGAUGAGGUGAAGACUGGGUGUUUCCAGGUGAAUGGUACAAAUUCUGUUACCAUUUCCAUUCAGAGUUUCAUCCCAGACGUGUCUGAUUUCAAGUAUGUGGGAAAAGAUAUCGCCAACAAUGUCCAAGUCGAUGUUUGGAAAAAUGUGACUGAGGUAGGAAAAAAGACCAACACCUACACAUUCAUGGUAUCGCAGACCCAGCCGCCACGACCUGUGCGAUAUGAGAUGAUUGGCUACGACACGUUGAUUGGGUCACAUUACGAUCGUUACUACGUAGAUUACUAUGUGUACAGCACUAAGCCGAUUGACGACUUCCAGUUCGAUUUGCCGAAAGGCCUCAAGUGUGGCUCAUUCCCUGGGCCUGGCAUUGAGCAUCACAUCGCCACCAACCCACAUCAAGAGAUCUUCAGCCCAGAUAAGGGUGACCGUUAUAAUAAGUUUUAUGAGAGCUACAAAGAUUUACAUGGUAAGCGUUACAGUGAUGAUGAGGAACAUAGCAAGAGACAAGCAACAUUCAAACAUAAUGUCAGGUUCAUUCAUUCAACCAACCGGAAACACCUUGGAUACAAGGUCGAGGUCAACCACCUUGCUGACCUAUUUGAUGAAGAACUGCGAAACAUGCGUGGUAGACUCUACACUCCAGGAAACAACAAUGGCUUACCUUAUGAUGGUUUUCCUGGUUUACUUCCAACUUCUAUGGAUUGGAGAAUAAUGGGUGCUGUAAGUCAAGUUAAAGACCAAGCAACUUGCGGUUCCUGUUGGAGUUUUGGAACAACUGGAACAAUAGAGGGCGCUUAUUUCCUUAAGACAGGGAAAAUGGUUCGACUGUCGCAGCAAAACUUAAUGGACUGCUCAUGGAAGCAUGGCAACAAUGGUUGUGAUGGUGGUGAAGAAUGGCGCUCAUAUGAGUGGAUAAUGGAGAAAGGUGGUUUGGAGGCCGAGUCCACUUAUGGUCCAUACCUUGGUCAGAAUGGAAAAUGCCACUUCAACAGUUCAAAUGCAGUUAUACAGAUAUCCAAAUACUACAACAUCACUAGUGGAAGUCAGGAAGCACUAAAGUCAGCAAUUGCAAAGAUCGGACCAAUUUCUGUUGGCAUAGACGCUGCACAUAAAUCCCUUUCGUAUUAUUCAAGUGGCGUAUACUAUGAACCAAAAUGUGGAAACAAACCCGAGGACCUAGAUCACGCAGUACUGGCUGUAGGGUAUGGUAAGCUCAAUAAUGAACACUACUGGCUCAUCAAAAACUCAUGGUCCACGAACUGGGGAAAUAAUGGAUAUGUCUUGAUAAAUCAGCAGGACAACAACUGCGGGGUUACAACCGAUGCCACGUAUGUGACGUUGAAGUAAAUUAGCGUCUGCGGCAUACAUGCCUGGAGAUGGACGUCUGUCAUUGAAUAUUAGUUUUAUAAUUCAUCUAUCUGAUCAAUGAACAAUAAAAAUAAAAAAUCAAAUGAGCAAACUAUACAAUAACAAAACAGUACAUAGUAGAUAGCCUGGGUUCCAGGCCCUAAUUUUGGGUUACUCACUCUUUAUUGCACUUAGUGUGCGCCAUACCUAAUUUAAUUGGCGUCCCAUACUCGAUUUUUUAUUCCGUCUCUAAAUUAACUUUCUCGUUGGUGGCGUUGUCCAGAAUGAGAAAAAUAAUAAAAAAUAAGUAGUAGAUUGUGAGAACAUUUUUUUGAAAGAUUUAUGCUGUAGCAGAUUUAGUUUGUUGAAAGGCAGUUUCACAGAUUUUGUUAUACUGUAUGAAUCCUGUCUAGCUUCCUUCAUCCAAAAUUCUGAAAUGCAGUUUACUCUACUUAAUUUUGCAGCACAUCAUUUAUGUUCGCUUAGUAUAACUAAAGUUUGUAGUGUAUUUGUGAUUUGUUUAGUAAAACUAAAGCUUGUAUAUCUGA